AUUCUGGUUGAAUCGAGUUCCAACCACGACCCAUAACGAUAUCAGCUGGAUAUCUGGUUGGGUUUAGAAAACAUUGUUGGUACCCGAUAGAUAAUUACUAUGCUGGCAGUCCAGUGCAGCAACCUCGACAUAAAAAAAGAAAAAAAAAAUCGCUAUAAAGGCGGCAACUUGAAAAUAUGACCGUUGGGAGUCUCUUUUAAGAUUGAAUACUGGAGAGAGCCAAUGAUUUCGGAAAGUCAAGGAGAAAGACUCCCUUUCUCUGCACUAUUAAGGAAAGAAGCCAACUUACUAAUGAAGAAGAACACAAGAGAACGUAGCAAAAUGGAAAAUCACGAAACACAUGGGGCGGAGGAGAUGGUGGCGUCGGAGGAGGAAUCGCACCCUUAUGCAUUUCAUGUGUCUGGGCCUCGAAAUGUAGCUUCUCCCAAUUGGAGAGACCUUAUCAAUUCCAGUUGGAAGGAUGAGAACUACAAGAGAACAGUAAUUGCCUGCUUCAUUCAAGCAGUCUACUUGCUGGAGCUUGACAGACAAGAAAAUAGAACACAAGAGAAUGGGCUUGCUUCAAAGUGGUGGAUACAAUUCAAGUACAAGGUAACCCAAGUAUUAACUGAUGAAAGAGAUGGGUCUAUUUUCGGUGCAGUAUUAGAAUGGGACCGAUCUGCAGCAUUGGCUGAUAUGAUACUUAUUAGGCCUAGCGGUGCACCUAAAGCUGUUUUAGCACUCCGAGGAACACUUCUCAAAAGUCCAACAAUCCGAAGGGACAUUGAAGACGAUCUCCGUUUUCUAGCAUGGGAAAGCUUGAAGGGUUCUGUCAGAUUCAAAGUAGCACUUGACUCGAUAAAAUCAGUUGCAGAAAGCUAUGGAAGCAGCAAUGUCUGCAUUGCAGGUCAUUCCUUGGGAGCUGGCUUUGCUCUCCAAGUUGGAAAAGCAUUAGCUAAAGAAGGGAUAUAUGUGGAGACUCAUUUAUUUAAUCCUCCCUCAAUUUCUAUAGCUAUGAGCUUAAGGAAUAUUGGGGAAAAAGCUUGGAACAUGAUUAAAUCUAUGGUUCCUUUAAAGACCAGUGGAUCACAGGCCACUAAUGACGUUGAUGAUGACAAAACUUCUGCUGUUGGCUUGAGGAAUUGGGUGCCAUAUUUCAGGGAUAAAACCUCAAUAGGAUUGAAAAAAUGGGUACCCCAUUUAUAUGUGAAUAAUAGUGACUAUAUCUGUUGCCAUUACACUGAAGCAGAUAGAAUUGUAGAUGAAGAAGCUAAUGAGGAGAACGUGAAUUGUACAAAUACAUCAAAUGGAAAGGUUGCAGCGAAGCUGUUUGUAAUGUCUAAGGGAAAGCAGAAAUUUCUUGAGGCUCAUGGGUUAGAGCAGUGGUGGUCUGAUGAUCUGCAACUUCAAAUAGCUCUCAAUAGCAGCAAGCUUAUAAGCAGGCAGCUGAAAUCCUUGCAUAGCCUUCCAUCAUGACAAAUGACAAUUAAUUGCUUGCUUCCUUUGUUCAUACCCAAUAUUCAUUUUGGUAAGUUGUAUCUGAAAAAGAAAAAUCAUUGUUUGUAAGGAUAAAAGUUUUUGCUAUCUGAUGUCAGUCUAUCAGUCUUCUUUCUUAUUCCUAUUUGUUUUUAAAUUGUUUUAAUUAAUAAAACAAAAGUUGGACA